AGAGAAAGAGUCGCUCGACUCGCCCAGCGCUUCGUCUGUUUCUCUGCCGGCCUCAUCGGGGACGUGCUGCUGCUCAUCUCCUCUCAUCUCGAAACAGGCUGCCAUUCUCGCUGUUCCAACCCGGUGAGCGUCUGCGUCUGCGUCUGCGUCUCCCCCUCGACUCCUAUCUCAGCACGUCGAAACCCCUCCGUUUGCGGCCCACGCGGAAGCUGACCACCACCAUCUCUGCCAGGGGAAAUCUCAUCGUAUCCAUGGCACUCUGCUAGCCUCUCUGCACCCUGGCUCUUGACUUCUGUCAUACCCGUUCUUUUGCCAUGCCCGCCAUGGACGACGACUCGCACAUCCUCGGCGAGGACCUGCCGCUGCCGCCCGCACGCCUGUUUGAGCGCCUCGCCCAGCUGCCUGGCUACACCUGGGAUCAGAUCCAGGAGCCCUUCCAUUCCACCUACUCGCACUGGCACGUCUUUGGUCUCCGCCAUUCGCCAGACUCCGAUGCCUCGACCCCGGCGGCCACCGCCUCCUCGCGGCCCUCCAGUCUCGCCGCCCGCCAGUCGUCGUCGUCGUCGCCGCGCACCGAGUCGCGCCCGUGCUUCAGGCAUCACUGGCGCAGCAGUCUGAGCGAGUCCGGCAGCGACCUGUCGCUGCCUCGUCUCGACUACGACCAGGUCUGGAUGCCCGUCAUCGCCCGUGUCUCCGCCCACGUCGUCCGUCUCGAGCGUGAGUUCCAUAUGAUCCGCACCAUCGUCCAGACCGCCGACCCGGAGUGCAACCACACCCCUCGCCCGCUCGAUCUCAUCCGUCUGCCGCGAGACUCGGAUGACGCCGGCCCCUUGCUCGUCGCCAUCUUCGAGUCGCCGGGCCCGGACAUGCUGCGUGAUCUCGUCGCCUUUGGGCCCGCCGCCUUCUUCUUCCCUUCCUCCUCCUCCGCCUCCUCCUCCUCCCGUGUCAGCAGCGCCCACACCAGCGUCCAGUCCACCCCCGGCGAGCAGAUCUCCCUGCCGCUCUUCCUCGACUUCGCCAUCGGCGCCUGUGACUGCCUCGAGAUCCUCCACUACGGCCUCAAGACCGUCCAUGGUGAGAUCCGCGGCGAUGCCUUCCACUUUGCCCGCGACACCGGCCAGGUCCGCCUGAUCAGCACCGGCAAUGGCGCCCGCUCCUUUGACAAUGCCCUCAGCGAGGGCUGGUCCACCCUCUCGCGCGAGCUGGGCGCCAAGAACAAGCUGCAGUUCAUCGCCCCCGAGCAGACCGGCCGCAUGCCCACCGAGCCCGACAGUCGCACCGACAUCUACGCCCUCGGCAUCCUCUUCUGGAUCCUGCUCGUCGGCCGCCCCGCCUUUGACGGCCACGACCCCGUCGAGGUCGUCCAGAACGUCUUGGCCAAGAAGCUGGCUCCCGUCUCGACAAAACGCAUGGAUGUCCCCGACGCCAUCUCCGCCGUCAUCCAGAAGAUGACCCGCCGCUCCGUCGGGGACCGCUACCACACCAUCUCCGCCGUCAAGCGCGAUCUCGCCGACAUCGCCCAGCUCCUCGGCGACGCCAACCGCGAGGCCUUGCAAGCCUUCCAGGUCGCCCAGCAUGACGUCUCCUCCUUCUUCACCCUGCCCACCCGCCUCUUCGGCCGCCGCGACGAACAGGAUCGUAUCCUCGCCAUCGUCGACUCCGUCCACCAACGCCAGCAGACCGCCGCCGCCGCCGCCUACGCCGCCCAGAAGAUCUCCGCCUCCUCCCCGGCCCCCCUAGGCCUCUACGGCCUCGCCUCCAUCUCCUCCGCCUCCGAGGGCCGCGUCGACAGCCCCGCCGGCGAGUUCGCCUCCGCCUCCAGCGAUUCCGGCUCACUCCAUCAUCAUUCUACCUCGCGCACCAACUCCAUCGGCACCGCUCCCAGCCAUCAGUUGGCCAUCACCAUCCCCCUCCCCACCACCACCACCACUGCCUCCUCCGUCACCUCCGCCGCUCAGGAUUCCCUCUACAGUGCCGAAUCCUCCCUCUCCACCCAACGUCCCCCUUCCUACACCUUGAACAAGGUCCGCAGCACCAGCUCCUGGGACACCGCCACCGCGGAUCGUGAGAGUUACCUCUCCACCCCGAGCAGCAGCACUCCCGGUCACCUGGACCCGGCCGGCCUCCACGGUCUUCCCUCCCGCCGCCGUACCGUCACCGCCCGCAAGUUCCGUCACAACGGCAUCUGUGAGGUCAUCGCCAUCACCGGUGCCCCGGGCAUCGGCAAGACCGACCUGAUCAACCGCGUCCAACCUGCCAUCCGCAAACUCGGCUACAUCGCCGUCGCCCGCCUGGACCGGGCCCGCCGGAUCCCCUUUGAACCCUUUGCCAAGAUCCUGGCCAGCCUGUUACGCCAGAUCUUCUCCGAACGUGAUGUCACCACAGAGUAUCAUCAUACCCUUCGCACCGCCCUGCGUCCGCUCUGGCCCAAGCUCCAUCGCGUCUUAGAAUUACCCGAACAAUUACUCGCCUCCGUCUGUAGCGAUAACAACAACAACAACAACAACAACAACACCACAACCAACAGCAAUGGCAAUAGCAAUGGGAAUGGCAAUAGCAAGGAACCCUCACCCCGAUGGCCCAUUGCACAUCAUUUACAUCGCAGAGAGGGGUUGGGAUCUGUCGGUCGGUCGAUGCUGCCAGGCCCCGAUCACGGCCAGAGUUCGGUCGACUUCUUCCUCUCCAACGCUGCCUCGAAGAACCUGCGUCUGAUGGAAACUUUCCUUGACAUCCUCCGCACCCUCUGCCAGUUUAAACUGAUCUGUCUGUGCAUUGAUGACGUGCACUACGCCGACGAUGAAACCCUCGAGCUCGUCAACAACAUUGUCAAGGCGAAGCUCCCCUGCGUCUUGAUCCUCACCUGCCGUCGCGACGAGCUCGUUCACGAGGACAUCCAAUCGUUUUUCGACAACACCGACCGACCCAACUGUACUCGUCUCGUACUCAACACGCUCAAGGAAGACGAGACCAUGCAGUUCGUCGCCGCCACCAUGCAUCAGGAUCCAAAUCCCUCGUUGACCCCCCUGACCGCCGUCAUCCAGGAGAAGAGUCUCGGAAACCCGUUUUACAUCCGCAUGAUGCUCGAGACUUGCUACAAUAAAAACUGCGUCUGGUACUCCUGGAAAAACUCCCGCUGGGAGUUCGACCUUGACCGCAUCUUCACCGAGUUCGUGGCCCCAACCUACGGGGAAGGCCUCGGUCUCUCCUUCCUCACCCGCCGUCUCCAAGAGCUACCCCCGGUCGCUCGUUCCAUCAUGAUCUGGGGCACCCUCCUGGGCAGUCCAUUCUCCUUUGCCCUGGUCGAACGCUUGCUCACCAGCGAAUUCCUCUACUCCACCGGCGACGACGACGACGACGACGUCAUUGACGUGACCUGUCCGCAGAUGCUCACUCUCAUCCGGCAAUCCGAAGCCGACGUCGUGAUGGGACUCCAGUUGCUUGUCCAGGCGUACGUCCUCGUCCCCGGUGAGACGGAUGAUGAAUUCAAAUUCGCCAACGAUCGGUUCACCCAGGCCGUGGCCGAUCUGCGCGAAUGUCAUAAUGUGGAAAAGAUGCAUUUCAUCAUCGCCCAGACGAUGAUGAAGUAUUACCAUGAUGGCCGCAGCCGCUAUUCAAUGGCUCGCCACAUCGCCCUGGCGGCGCAGAUCAUCCGUGCGCGUGUCGUUCACCGCAAGGAUUAUCGAACCGCCCUCUGGGAUGCAGCGCAGACGGCAGCGCAAUCUGGUGCACGCCCCACGGCCCUCUGGUAUUUCCGACAUUGUCUCGCUCUACUACAGGAUGAUCCCUGGAAUGGUGGUGGUGGUGGUGGUGGUGGUGGUGGUGUCGAUGUGGACUACGACGAGACGUUACGGUUGCAUAUAGCCGCGGCGGAGACGAUGUGGCUUCAGGGCCACCAUCGCGAGGCUCUCAAUUUACUCGAUGAGGUCCAAAUCCAUGGCAAGACGGCCGAGUGCAAGGCCCAGGCAUGGGUCGUGCAAGCCAGGAUCCAUGUGCAGACGGGAAACCCCCAGCGCGCCAUGCAGUGCUUGACGACCUCGCUGGACGAACUUGGGGUCCCCCUCGGCGACCCGAAGACGUGGGAGGAGUGCGACGCCAUGUUCCGGACGAUCAAGGCUCACUUUGAAAAGUGUGACGUGGAGACGGUGCUGCAGAUGCCUUGCACCACGGAUCGCACGCUGACAACCAUCGGCAAUGUGCUGGCCGCCGCCGUCGCGCUCCUCUUCUGGGACGACCCGUUGACCUACUACCGCAUGGCGGUCGAGAUCAUGAAGGUGCACAUCUAUCGGGGGGGGCUCGGUCACAUCUGCAUCGGGCGCCCGCACCUGGCCAUGAUGGCCUUUUCCCGGUUUCAUGAUCUUGACCUCGGCAUCCGCCUCAGCGACUUCUCCGCGGCCAUCCUCGAGCGGUGCCCCCCCGCGGAGCGAGGGGUCGGGCCCGCUCUGCAGUUCUUGUUUGUCGACCAUCUGCGCGUGCCCCUCGCCCCGGCGCUACCCCGACUGGAGCAUGUCUUGGAAUCCUCGCCCUUGCUGCAGACGGACCCUUAUGCGCUCCUGUUUGCCCUGACGUCGAUGGCGCUCGCCCGCCUGGCCCUCGGCCACGACAUGCUGCAGAUCGAGACCUUUUGCAACGACGGCCCAGAGGAGAUCCCGGACUGGACCAGUGAUGUCCGCGGGGGCACGGCUCUGCUGGCCAUCCGUCAGGUCGCCCGCGCCAUGCAGGGCAAGACCGCCUGGCAUGACCCGCACGGGGUCAUGUCGGACCAGCACCACCGCACGGACGAGUACCUCGCCUUCCUGUACACCCAUUCGUGCACGUCGGAGCGGCCCCGCGACAUCUAUCAGGCCUUCAGCAUGAUCCCCCUCUUCGCCUACGGCCACUAUUCCCACAUCAUCGCCUUGGGUGCGCAGAUGGACGAGACCAUUAUCUACCUCUGGACCCUCCGCUGCCGCUACUCCUUCUACUUUUACAUGGCUCUCUCCCACCUGGUGUUGCACUUUGAGAACCCGGCCCAGUCAAAUUUAGAACAAAAUCUCGACCGUGUGCUGGCGUACAAGGCCGAGGUCGACUUUGCGCGCAGCGCUUGCGACGUCAACUACGGCAUGUGGUCGCUGCUGCUCGAAGCCCUGCUGUCCGAGUACCACCGCGAGUACGACACGGCAACCUGCACCCUGGAGGCAGCCAUCGACCACUGCCAGCUGCACGGCUGGCCUUUCGAAGAGGCCCUCGCCCUCGAGCUGCAUGCCGAAUACCUGAUCCGCCGCGGCGCCAAGAGGGCGGCGCGCUCCAUCACCCAGUCCGCCAUCGCGGCCUGGGCGUCCAUCGGCGCGAAUGGCAAGGUGCAGCAGCUGUCGGAGAAACACGAAUGGCUCCUCCGGACGGCCACCACGUCCAAGGCGGUCGAUGCGGCCUGCCAGACCGUCGAUUCGCUCCUGGCCAUCAACCGCUCCUCCACGGGGGGGGCCGGGCCGGACCAUUUGGUGGGUCUCGCCUCGGGUUCGGUCAUCGUUGAAGACGACCGGAAACAUCGCUGGAUUGAACAGAACGGGGCGACCCUGGAAGAACGUUCGUUGGAUAUCUCCAGCGUUGGGCUGGACAUCAUCGACCUGUCCAGCAUUCUGGAGUCGAGCCAGGUGAUGUCGUCGGAGCUGCAGAUUGACAAGCUUCUCCUCAAGAUGAUCGAGAUCAUUAUCGAGUCCUGCAACGGCUCGGACUUUGCCGUCAUCGCCCGCCGGUUUGAGAACACCGGGUUCGCGGUUGCCGCCGCCGGCGACGUGGAGAUGGGCCAAAAGUCGUGGGUCGACGGUCUCCCGUUUGCUGAGCUUGGGGAAAAGAUGGCGCAGCAGAUCUCGCACUACGUGCUGCGCACGCGCGAGGAGGUGUUUGUGCACAACGUCCUCGAGGACGAGCGGUUUGCCAACGUCAGCGAAGCCUACCAGGCGCGAUACCCGCUCGGGCGGUCCGUCAUCGCCUUGCCCAUCUUGCAGGCCGACCACCUGGUCGGGGUGAUUCAUAUCGAGGGCAAGCCCAACUCCUUCACGCAGCGCAACGUGGUCGUCUUGCAUCUGCUGUGCAACCAGAUCGGCAUCUCGCUCUCCAACGCCUCGCUGUUUCACGAGGUGCGCAAGGUAAGUGCGUUCAACGCCUCGAUGAUCGAAGCCCAGAAGAAGGCCCUGGCCCAAGCGCGCGAGGCCGAACAGAAGGCCAAGGUCGCCGAGGCCGAAGCCAAGCACAACGUCAAGUUGAAGGAAGACGCCGCCAAGGCCAAGUCGAUCUUCCUGGCCAACAUCUCGCAUGAUCUGCGCACGCCCAUGAACGGGGUCAUCGGCCUCUCCGAGUUGCUCAAGAAGACCAAUCUGAGCAAGGAGCAGGACGAAUACGUCGAGUCGAUCCGCGUCUGUGCCGACACGCUGCUGACCCUCAUCAACGACAUCCUCGACUUCUCCAAGUUGGAGGCGGGCAAGAUGAAAAUCUCCACCGUGCCGUUGAACAUUCGAGAGACCAUAUCCGAGGUUGUCCGGGCGCUGCGCUACACCCACCGUGACCGCGGCCUGGAAACCAUCGAGGAUCUCGACAAGGUCCCACCGGACCUGGUGGUCAUGGGCGAUCCCGUGCGUCUGCAUCAGAUCUUCAUGAACCUACUCAGCAACAGCUACAAGUUCACUCCAAAGGGUUCCGUGACGGUCAAGGCCAAGAUCUCUCGCGAGGGUAAGAGCCGGGUGCGUCUGGAAUGCUCUGUGUCGGACACGGGGAUCGGUAUCCCCGAGGAGCAGAAAUCCCGGCUCUUCCGGCCCUUUUCGCAGGCCGAUAGCUCCACGGCCCGCUCGUACGGCGGCAGCGGACUAGGCUUGAGUAUCUGCAAGGCCAUCAUCGAGGAUGUCCUCGGGGGGGCCAUCUGGCUGGAGUCGACGCCCGGCGUGGGGACCACGGUCACGUUCCACCUGGCGUUCAGCAAGGCGCCCAAGGAGACCAUUGUCAAGGCGCCUUGGUCGCAAAACUUUCACAAGAUCGACAGUAGCAGUGGUGGUGGUGGUGGAAACGGCACAGCAACCGCAACAGCAACAGCAACAGCAACAUCAGCAGCAGCAGCAGCAGCAGCAGCAGCAGCACCCAAGCCGUUGGUGGUGCGGGACUUGUCAAUGACCCCCCGGGAUCAGAUCAGGGUGUGCAUCGCCGAAGACAACCCGAUCAACCAGAAGAUCGCGGUCAAGUUCGUCCACGGGCUGGGUCUCCAGUGUGAGGCGUACAGCGAUGGACGGCAGGCGGUCGAUGCCCUGCGGCUGCGGGCGCACGAAGGCAAUCCGUUCCACGUGGUGCUGAUGGACGUGCAGAUGCCCACGCUGGACGGGUACAAUGCCACGCGCGAGAUCCGCCGCGACCCCGACCCGGACGUGAAUCAGGUGCUGGUGAUCGCCAUGACGGCCAGCGCUAUCGAGGGGGAUCGCGAGAAGUGCCUUGAAGCCGGCAUGAACAAUUACCUGCCCAAGCCGGUCCGGUCGACCAUCCUCAGCGAAAUGCUCGACAAGUAUCUCGAGCCGGCGCCUUCGUACUCCAAGCUGGCGAUCCGCAAGAAGACCCGCGGUAGCAUCAGCCAUGAUCUUGCCACGGGCACGGGCACGGGGACGGGGACAGGGACUCCGUCCAUCGUUCUCGCGCCUGGUGAUGACGAUAAACAGGUUCAUCUGCGAUCGACGCCCUUGGGCUCGUUUACUCUUUCGGAGACGCAUUGA